CUAGGACUCUUCACAGUCGACAAAGAAGACCCUAACUACUACGAUUCAGAUCUCCGUGAAAUGGUCGAAGAACUUGCUCUCAUACUCUGUCGAGUGGCAUCAGGAAAUGAGAGUGUCGCUUGGAGAUACCAGCAUUUCAUAGAGGGGGGCAAGGCGCGUCGACGAUUAGCGGCAAGUGUUUCUCACGGUCCAUUCGCGUUAUCAGAAAUCGGCUUUAUAGCGAAACUACUCCGUGCGAUGUUUGUUCCAGAGGUUGCAGCAUCAAUUGACACAAAGACAAACUCUAAAGAUUUCCCUUCGACUGUCACAACACAAAUCGAUAAAAGUAGUCCGUUCCAUGAAUUUUCGAACGAACUGAAAUUACGCUUCGUUCAUGAUGUCUUAGUACCAGAGACUAUAAUACGUUUGAUUAUGGAUCAUGAAGAAGUAAGUUAUGAGGAAGCUGAGCACAUGAUGCUUCACGGAUAUGAAGAG